AUGGUUGUUUAUGAUUCUGAGUAUAUUUUGUUUUGGAAGGUUAAGAUUGGGUUGUUGGGAGGUUAUAAUGACGAAGAUUUUGGAAGUGAUAUCCAUGUUAUCGUAUCUCCCGUGUAUAGGCAGAGUUUUGAUUCGCUCUUUGUUGUUAAUGAUACUUACACUAUUGCAAACUUCCAAGUUCAGCUUAAUGAUCUACUAUUCAAACCUUCUGCUCACAAGUACCUCCUUAAAUUUACUAGUGAUGUUAUCGGAGUGGUUGAUGAAAUUGGGUACACACAGGCCCAGGUUGGAAGUAAAAAGCAACAGGUCAACUUUGUCAUUCGCGACUUGAGCAACAACACUAUAACGGUUACGUUAUGGGAGGCGUACGCGGUGCAGUUUAUCAACUACGUUGAACGGCAGGUCGAUAUUGCCAUUCCGGUUGUGAUUCUGAUUCAAUAUGCAAAAGUCAAAGAAGCUUUUGGCAAAUAUCCACUAUCUGUUACCAAUACUUACAAUGUCACCAAACUGGCUAUUAAUGAAGACAUGGAGACUAUCAAACAAUUUGCCAAAAUGCUUACACAGGAUACUAUAAUGGCUGUCUCGGGCCUUCGCACUCAGCAGUCUCAGGGCAGGUCGCAAAACUCAUACACUUCUCGCCAAUCACCUACCCAAAAAUUGUUAUCUAAUGAUGUUCUUCUUCCUCUUGAGCAAAUAGUUAAACUCAAAGACACUACUUUUUGUGCUACUGUUGCUACAAUUACAAAAAUCUUUGCCUCAAAAUAUGGCUGGUACUACCAAGCAUGCCAUGAAUGUCCAAAUAAAGUCACCGGUGAUAAACCUCCCUACAAGUGUGUAAAGGGACAUGACACUGAAACUGCCAUAUUCAGGUAUAAAAUAAAGGUGGGUGUUCUUCAUGCUGGUACAAAAUGCAAGUUUGUUUUGUGGGACAAGGAAAGUGAGGAACUAUUGGAGGUGUCGGCUGCUCAUAUGCGCGAAACAAUGUUUCAGGCUGGAAUAUUUGAUCCCCUUGAUUUCCCGCUGGCACUUGACAAGCUCCUGGAUCAGGAACUUGCCUUCAAAGUCAAGUGGCAACCAGAUUGGUCUAAUUGCUCUGUCAUCAUGUUGGUGAAAGAUAAACCUAUAGUGGAUCAACUAAAAGCUGAAUGGGUGGAUGCAACUGCAGUUACUUCACAACAGCUUAACGCCCCUGUCAACCAUGUCAAGGAGAGUGUUGAUGAGGCUGUUCCUAUUGAUGAUUCCGACAUUGUUACGGAUCUUGAAAUUACUUCCAAAUUGCACGGUGAACCAGUUACACCUACGGCAAAAAGACAGAACCCGGAUCCAUCCAUUGAAUCUACAAGUCAUGCAACACACAGCGAAGGAGAUUUGUCUUCGACUAAACUUAAGAAACCAACCAGGAUCACUAGGAAAUUAGUGAAGAUUGAAAAAUAA